AUGGAUCGGAAUGAAUCAGUAGAACAAAGACUUAAUGGGUUGACUGAGCUUGAUGAGUUUUGCCUAAAAGCAUAUCAAAGUUCAGCCCUCUAUAAAGAUAUGAUGAAGAAGUACCAUGACGAAAAGAUUGAGAAGCGCGAAUUUGUGUUUGGGGAUUUGGUUCUUCUGUUUAACUCUAGGUUGCGCUUGUUUUCGGGAAAACUCAAGUCCAAAUGGACUAGUCCAUUCUUGAUCACUACAAUGUUCCCACAUGGAGCGGUUGAGUUGGAGAACAAUGAGGGUGCAAGGUUCACGGUAAAUGGGCAAAGAAUCAAGAUAUACCAAGGGCAUGCGGAGAGUGCCCAUGAAGUGGUUGAUACAUAUAACCUUGAUGAAGUCUGA